AUGACCAGGUCACCAGAUGAUACGGCUGCCAUUCAACAGCGGCUCAAGGCGCUUGGGCCCAUGAUCAAAGGUAUUUUCAAGGUCGCCGGCGCUCAAGGAAUAUCACUUGCAGUAUCUAACCAUUGUGAGCCCAUUUAUUGCACGAGUUUCGGCUUCGCGGAUCUCGAGACCAAGAAGGUGGCCACGGGAAGCACCCGGUUUCCCAUCGGAACCAUGGCCAAAACCUUCACCGCAGCCGCGAUCAGUGUGCUUGUUGCAGACGGCAAGAUGGAAUGGGAUACGCCGAUCAAGAGAAUUAUCCCCGAGCUGCAGACGACAUCUGCCACCGUGACCGAGAGUCUUACCAUUGUUGAUCUCUUGAGCCAUCGCUCGGGACUCGGCCGGUCAAACUACUGGUGGCAAGGGGCAGAAGCAACCCUGCUUCUUAAGAAAGAUAUUCUACCAUAUUAUAACGCUCUCCCCAACACUGGCCAGUUUCGUGCUUCAUGGGCCUACAGCAACUGGGGCUAUGCCCUGGCUGGUGAAGUCAUCGAGCGUGUCAGCGGCAAAACAUACGCCCAAUAUCUCAAGGAGAAGGUUUACACGCCUCUAGGAAUGGAAAAUAUCACAGUCGAUCCCAUGUGCACCUCGGUUGCCUUAGGCCUGGCAAGCCCAUAUGCCGCCUUGGACGAUAGCUCACACUAUCCACUGCCGCAACCUCCUGUCACUGGGGGCACCAUUAUGGAUUCGGCGCUGGGCGGUGUCAGUACCGUCGACGAUCUGAUGAACUACAGCAUAGGUCUUAUGGAAACCUUCCACGACGAGUCCGGUUUGCAGAUAAGCAACUAA